AUGGCAUCCUCUAUUAAAUUGUCUCAACAUGACUCUCUUGAGUUUGAGGAUACUACACUGUUUCCCAGUAUUGUAGGAGGUUUACAGUACUUGUCUCUUACAAGACUUGACAUAGCCUUUGCUGUCAAUAAGGCUUGUCAGUUUAUGCACUGUCCCAAAAUCCCUCAUUGGACUGUUGUAAAGAGAAUCCUUUGGUACCUUAAGGCCACUCUCAAUUAUGUCUUAUUUUUUAAGUCUCAAACUUGUGUUUCUCUUCAAGCAUACACGGAUGCAGAUUGGGCAGGGUGCACGGAUGAAGAUUGGGCAGGGUGCCCUAAUGACAAACGAUUCACAAGCGGCUUUGUUGUCUUUUUGGGCUCUUAUUUCAUUUCUUGGAGCUCCAAGAAACAAAUGACUGUAGCACGUUCAAGUACGGAGGUAGAAUACAAGGCACUUUCCUCUUCUGUAGCAAAGCUUAUCUGGUUACAAUCCAUGCUAAAGGAAUUGGGGAUAUCAUUGUCCACAACUUUGGCCUACACUUUGGUGCAACAACAUAGGAGUUACAUAUCUUACCGCUAA